AUGACAAUGCUUACUAUUUGGUUAAUGCGCAAAGAAGGAAUGAAUGGACUAUGUGAACCUCCCUGCAUAUUCUGGGGCCACCUCUAAUCACUUGUCCUCACUCUAAUCCAAGAGUGAGGACAAAUUUACACCCUAGUGUUUGACCUAUGAACUUAACCUGUGACUUCACAUUGAUUUGAAUGGAUUUAACAUACAUUGGCAAAUUGGCAUGGACUGAGCUUAACAUGGCAGCAGAAAUACACUUUAAAUAAACGUUAAAUAAAUGAUACAUUUUUUCCGUGAAACACGCCGAGAGAUGUCAGACAGUCACGUGCAUUGCAGGUACAUGCUCGUGCAGAUCUAUUAGCUUCACGUCACCACUGAUAUAGGCCUACUAACUCUUCCAGAAAAUGCAUGUAACGGUGUUGUCAAUUAGGGAAAUAUUAUUGAGAUUCUUAACAGAUAUCGGAAGGACGGUUACUGUGUUCAAACGUGUAGAGAAAAAAAAAACGUGUGCGUUGCACUUGUGCGCAAUAACGCAUCCGUGCGCUCUACUCGCCUGUACGUGGGUGGGAGACAUUUAUACCUACAUUCGUGUUCUAAUUAUUCGGCCAUAGAGGCACAAUAGUUUGGGAAAGGGGAAGUCAUAAUGGGUUGGGAAAUUAGCAAUUACACAAGUCUCUCUAAGGACUUCAGAUCUUCGGUGGACGUAAUCUAGGAAAAACCGAUGUAAGCGCACCGCUAUACGUCAGUAGAAGGUAGUUAUUAGUGUCCUAUGGCAUAUUUAGCAGUAUUUUAACUUUUGGUGAUACCCCACAGUCUCUAGAGGGUUAAUUCCAGGAAACGUGAGAGCCAGCCAACCAGUGCGUCGAAACUGAUUGGAAUUCAUAGCUGAAAAAAUCCAAACGGCUAGGAUGUAAACCUGUUUGGAAUGGAAUACGCGCAAACGAGAUAAUCGAUGGCUGGAUGGCACGUAGCCAAAGAGUGCAGAAAGUGUAGUAUGAAAACAGGAGUGGCUUUAUUAAGUAAAGAGGCGUGUUUGGGAGAGUAAUGUACCUUCCACUGCCUUCACUUGUAAUCCCGCCCAGGCUCUUAGUGAAUCUGUGAGUGAAGCCCACCACAGUUGUCCGUGCAUCGACCCCCUUUUUUACAGUAUGCAUGUUCGUCAAGGGAUCCGAGGACACUUUCCGACCAAGAGCAUAUUAUCACCAAGGAACCCAUAUCAGAAAAGUAGAAGGUAGACGUUUUGGAUGAGGGAGACACUCUCGAGAGUUGGAAUACAGCGGCGGAGAGUGACCGGAGCACGGCCAGGGAAGGAGAGUGUAUUCGGGCGUGCUGCUUUCAGUCUAACUGUGGACAAUCAUGCAUGUGCUCUUCUGGGGUAUAGGAUUUCUUACAUUGCUCCCUGACUUGUUGAUUAUAGAUGCAUCAACAACAGGGAGACGUUCGCCGACGUCUAGUAGAGUAAACGCUUUUGGUGCAUACGAGAUUUCGACUCCAUCAAGAGUGGAUGAAGCCGGUGACAGGCUGCCUACAAGUGCACACUUCAAACGGAAAAAGCGGAGUACUGAUUCCACAGAGGACAACAUCGUUGAUCACUGGGGUUCACCGAACAUCCAUUAUAAAAUUUCUGCUUUUGGAGAGAAUUACCACCUCAACCUGACACUCGAGUCGGGAUUUAUCGCUCCACUUUACACUGUUACGAUACUUGGAAUACCCACAAGUGGUAACCUUUCGGAGUUCUCACCAGAGAGCGCGGAUGAGGAGGAGGAGACUGAUUAUCAGCACUGUUUCUAUCGGGGGCAUGUGAAUGCAGAUCCGGGGCACACAGCAGUUAUCAGCCUCUGCUCCGGUUUGCUUGGCACUUUCAGGUCACCAGAAGGGGAGUAUUUUGUGGAGCCCCUUCACAGCUACAAUGGUGUACAUUACGAAGAAGAACACAAUAAACCUCACAUUGUGUAUAGAAAGGAUACAGCAAAGAAGGCUGGGAAGACAGAGGAGGACGUUUGUGAGACUUCAGGACACAAGAAGAGAGCAGCAGCCAGGCCCCCCAAAGAGCCAGCAGCGGGGCAGACGAGUAAGGGGCCUUCCGUGGGGAUGCAGGCUGACCUGGACAGGCUGAGCAACGGGCUCCUAGCAGCAGCAGCAGCAGCAGCGUUGCAGCCCUCCUCCUCCUUCCCGCCAACCCCCAGCCUCAACCUCAACCUCACCCUCGCCCCCACCAGCGAAAACAAGCAUGCGGCGGCUAAUGACAGCAGUGACUCAGGACCUCACAGGAGAUCAAAGCGCUUCCUCUCCUAUCCGCGCUUUGUAGAAGUCAUGGUGGUGGCGGACAGCAAGAUGGUGGAGCAUCACGGCGGCAACCUCCAGCACUACAUCCUCACGCUCAUGUCCAUUGUGUCCUCAAUAUACAAGGACCCAAGCAUUGGAAAUCUGAUCAACAUUGCCAUUGUGAAGUUGGUUAUCAUAAACAAUGAGUUGGAAGGGCCCAUGGUGUCCUUCAACGCACAGACCACUCUGAAGAAUUUCUGCAUAUGGCAGCAAGGCCAGAAUCACCCUGAUGACAACCAUCCUUCCCACCACGACACAGCCAUCCUCAUAACCAGGCAAGACAUCUGCCGGGCGCGGGACAAAUGUGAUACACUUGGUCUUGCGGAGCUUGGCACAGUUUGCGACCCAUACAGAAGCUGCAGUAUCAGCGAGGAUAACGGCCUGAGCACCGCGUUCACCAUUGCUCAUGAGCUCGGCCAUGUUUUCAACAUGCCCCAUGAUGACAGUAACAAAUGUAAGGAGGAUGGCGUGAAGAACCAGCAACAUGUCAUGGCCCCCACGCUCAACUACUACACCAACCCCUGGAUGUGGUCCAAAUGCAGCCGCAAGUUCAUCACCGAGUUCCUCGACACAGGGUAUGGAGAGUGCUUACUUGACGAGCCGGUGUCUCGAGCAUACAGUCUGUCCCAGCAGCUGCCCGGCCGUAUCUACAACGUCAACAAACAGUGUGAGCUGAUAUUCGGGCCUGGGACACAAGUCUGUCCGUACAUGACCCAGUGCCGUAGGCUGUGGUGUACCAGCCCAGAGGGAGCCCAACGCGGCUGCCGUACACAUCACAUGCCCUGGGCAGAUGGCACCGACUGCGCCCCUGGGAAGCACUGCAAACAUGGUCUGUGCAUCGUCAAGGAGCACGACGCGGCGCCUGUGGACGGAGCCUGGGGGGUGUGGAGCCCCUUCGGAACCUGCUCUCGCUCCUGCAGCGGAGGCAUCAAGAUCGCCCUGCGCGAGUGCAAUCGACCCGUGCCGAGGAACGGUGGGAAGUACUGUGUGGGGAGGCGAAUGAAGUUCCGCUCCUGCAACUCUGAGCCAUGCUCCAAAGUGAAGAAGGACUUCCGAGAGGAGCAAUGUGCCAUUUUCGAUGGCAGGCACUUCAACAUCAACCUUCUACCUCCUAACGUUCGCUGGGUGCCAAAAUACAGUGGAAUUCUGAUGAAGGACCGUUGUAAGCUGUUCUGCCGGGUGUCGGGAAGCACAGCAUACUACCAGCUCAGGGACCGGGUCACUGACGGCACCCCUUGUGGCCCAGACACCAAUGACAUCUGUGUACAAGGCCUCUGUCGGCAAGCAGGGUGUGACCACGUGUUGAACUCCAAGGCCAGACGGGACAAGUGCGGAGUGUGCGGUGGGGACAAUUCCUCAUGCAAGACCGUCGCGGGCACUUUCAACACCGUUCACUAUGGUUACAAUGUGGUCGUCCGAAUACCAAGUGGUGCUACAAACAUUGACGUGCGACAACAUAGCUACUCAGGGAAGCCAGAGGAUGACAACUACCUCGCCGUGUCCGACAGUCGUGGGGAGUACUUGCUGAACGGAGGGUUCGUGGUCAGCAUGUUCAAAAGGGAAAUAAAGGUGGGCAAUGCCGUCCUGGAGUACAGCGGCUCCGACCAUGUCAUCGAGAGGCUCAACUGCACCGAUCGCAUCGAGGAGGAGAUCAUUGUCCAGGUGCUAUCAGUGGGGAACUUGUUCAAUCCGGACGUCAGGUAUUCCUUCAACAUCCCCAUUGAGGACAAGCCACAGCAGUUCUUCUGGGAUGCCUAUGGCCAAUGGCAGGAAUGUAGCAGGCUCUGUCAAGGCGAGCGGAAGCGGAAGAUCCUGUGCAGCCGGGAGUCGGACCGAGUGGUGGUGUCGGACCAGCGCUGCCACGGCUCCGCCCGGCCCCCAGCCAUCACCGAGCCCUGCAACACCGAGUGUGAACUCAGGUGGCACAUUGCGCGUAAGAGCGAGUGCAAUGCCCAGUGCGGCGACGGCUACCGCAUGCUGGAGAUCUACUGUGCCAAGCACGGCGACGGCAAGACCCAGAAGGUGGACGACCGCUACUGCGGACACCAGCGCAAGCCCGACGACAAGGAGCCCUGCCACGGGGACUGCAACCCGGGAGGGUGGGAGUACUCGCCCUGGUCGGAGUGCUCCAAGAGCUGUGGCGGGGGCACGCGCCGGCGUGGGGCGGUGUGCAUGAAGGCAGCGGAGCAGGGGGGAGACGACAGCAAGUGCAACCAGCGGGAGAAGCUCACCAGCCAGACCUGCAACGAGUUCCAGUGCCCUCAGUGGAAGACCGGGGACUGGUCCGAGUGCCUAGUGACCUGUGGAAAGGGCUACAAACACAGGCAGACGUGGUGUCAGUUCGGGGAGGACCGUCUGGACGACAGGUUCUGUGACUCGUCCAAGCCAGACUCGGUGCAGACUUGCCAGCAGCAGGAGUGUGCCUCCUGGCAAGUCGGACCCUGGGGUCAGUGCACCACCACGUGUGGCCCGGGCUAUCAGAUGAGGGCGGUGAAGUGCGUCGUGGGCUCCUACGGCUCCGUCAUGGACGACACUGAAUGUAAUGCGGCCACGCGGCCUACCGACACUCAGGAUUGUGAACUAGCUCAGUGCCCCCGCUCCCAUCCUGCCACUCCAGAUGCCAAAGUCCAGUCUCAUCCCGACCACAAAACCCAGUGGAGAUUUGGAUCCUGGACACAGUGCAGCGCCUCCUGUGGUAAAGGCACGCGCAUGCGCUACGUGAGCUGCCGAGACAUCCAGGGAGGAGUGGCCGAGGAGGCGGCCUGCUCUCACCUUCCCAAACCCUCAGCGCGGGAAGUCUGUCAGGUGGUGGCGUGCGGCCAGUGGAAGGUUCUGGAAUGGACUCCGUGCUCGGUCUCCUGCGGCCAAGGCAAAGCCAGUCGGCAGGUGGUCUGCGUGAACUUCAACGAGCAGCUGGUGGACAUGAGCGAAUGUGACCCCGACGACCGGCCGCCCCGCGAGCAGGAGUGUGCCAUGCCCCAGUGCCCUUCCAGGCAGACCGACCACAGCAACGCGCCCUCCAGCCCCAAGAGUGUGCCACCGGCUGGGGCUGGCGACAGCCGCAACCGUGGCCGCAACCAGUGGAGGACCGGACCUUGGGGAGCUUGCUCCAGCACGUGUGCGGGCGGCUUCCAGAGGCGCGUGGUGGUGUGCCAGGAUGAGAAUGGCUACACGGCCACCAACUGUGACGAGAGUGCCCAGCCCCACGAACAGCGCUCCUGCGAGUCUGGACCCUGCCCCCAGUGGGUGUACGGCAACUGGGGAGAGUGUACCAAGUCCUGUGGUGGCGGGAUAAAAACACGGCUGGUCGCAUGUCAGCGGCCCAACGGGGAGCGCUUUAACGAUCUGAGCUGUGAAAUUCUUGACAAACCGCCCGACCGAGAGCAGUGCAAUACUCAGUCGUGCCCAUCUAGUCCGCACUGGAGCGCUGACCCAUGGAGCUCGGUACGCUAAUGAAUAUUUUUGAUUUUUGUUUUGUUUUUGUUUUGUUUUUUAGCAUGGUCACAGAAUUUGUUUUCGUUUUGAUUUUUUUUUCCUCUUUUGUGACAUUUGUAGCUUGAAAAGACAAGACUAAGACAAAAAGAAAAGGACAAGCAAACAGAUGAAUGGGUUGAGACUUUUUUUUAAGUACAAAGCUGUUCCUGCAACCCAAAGUGCCAUGCCUGUUUAUAGAACAACAGACAAUUGUAAAUUGUAUUUAUUUUUGCACUUAAGGAAGCAGAGCACACCAGAUGUACAGAAAUAUACCGUCACCAAAUGUCCUGGUGUAUGCCACCCACAUGUGACUAGUCAACAUUUUUGUCCUAGUUUCUACUCUUAUGAAGGAUCCCGGCAAGGAUCUUUCGGUUUGAUUUAGGUUGUAAAAUUGUUUUCAAAAAUAAUAAUUUAUUAUACAAAAGAUGUACAUAGCAUAGCUCUCUACUUUGUUAGAUGUUCUGUUUUUACCAAAUAUGAGCUGGUCCAUUCAGCCCAUCAGCUGUUAAUAUGCAAAUAUCAGUGAAUAUUUUUGUAUAUGAGAAUUUUGCUAAUUGAUUGUGUGUUACUUUUUUUUGGUAAAGAUGCAAAAUACCAACUCCAUACUCACAGCGGAAGUCAGUAAUGUUGAUUUCAAAAUGUUUUGCUAUGUGAAACUUCACUGAACAUGAUCAUGUUUAAUGGUAGGGGCAGCCAGUGGCACGACCUGCAUGGAGUUUCAUUGUCAUUUUCUGUUUUUAUUCCUACGAGAUGUAUACAUUUUUUACAUGAUAUAUGUCUAUUUGGAAGUUCCUUUGACUUUUGAACAAUCAUGCACACUGUUGCAUAUGCUUUCUCUGCCAUGGUAUGACGUGUAGGGGAGGACUCUUGUUGUUGAGUUUGCUGCCGUGAUUUUGAUAUGUCAGCACAGAUAAGAGCAAUGAUGGCACAGCAGGUUGAGAGAC